AUGAGCUCGCCGCAACAACGUCCCGGCUCCCAGCCAAGCGCCAUGCAAGGCCCGCCUCCAGGUCCUCCUUAUGCACCACAGGGUGCAGGUCUCGGUGGCCAACCGACGCUGGACGUGGACGCACCAAUCUCAGCAGUCCUAAUUGCGCUCUUCAUAUGCUCUGCCGCACUCAACAUGACGAUAUUCCAACGCAAUAGAAAACGCGGCAUAAAAUUCGUCCUGUCGGCUGUUGUCUUCGGUUUCUCCAUGGCGCGAAUCGCCGCCAACGUCAUGCGCAUAGUCUGGGCUGGAUACCCUCGCAACGCCAGCAUUGCCAUUGCUGCUGGUGUUCUCACCAGCGCCGGUGUCGUCCUGCUCUUCAUUGUCAAUUUGCUCCUCACACAGCGUAUAGUGCGCGCCCACCAUCCAACCUUUGGCUGGAGCACGCCUGGCAGGAUCUUCUUCCGAUUUUUCCUCUUCAGCAUUGUUGGCAUGCUCAUCAUGGUCAUCAUCGCCUCCGUCUACGGCUUCUACACGCUUGAUACGACCGUUCUCAGCAAGAUCCGUAAUGUACAGCUCUUUGCGGUCACAUAUCUCGCCGUCCUCGCUUUUCUCCCCAUACCAAUCCUGGCCGUCAACUUUGCCGUGCCUCGCACAGCUCCCAUUGACAACUUUGGCACCGGCUCCAUGCGCUUCAAGGUCUUCCUCGUCCUCUUCACCGCAGCGCUCCUCACUCUCGGCGCUGGCUUCCGCGCAGGCAUUGCCUACUAUGUCCGCCCAAAGACUGAUCCCGCUUGGUUCCAUAGCAAGGCUUGCUACUACUGCUUCAACUACGUCAUUGAACUCGUUGUCGUCUUUACCUACGCUCUCAAUCGCUUCGAUCGCCUCUUCCUUAUCCCCAAUGGCAGCAAGGCCCCGGGAGACUAUAGCCGUCUCGCCAACUCCACCAAUGCCAAGACCGAUGAGGAGGCAGUAACUGAAGAUCGUCCCAUCACAGCCGCUGAGCAACGCCAACAGGAGCGUCAGUGGGAAAACAGACUCCAGUCUGAACUCGAGAAGCGCGAAGCCGAUGCCUAA